GCUUAUUUACUGUCGGUAGUUCAUAAAUGGCAGCUGAAUUAUUAUCAUUUCCUUUCAAAAGUUGUAAAAGGAAGAUAUUGGAAUAAAUGAAUUAUUCAUUUAUGAUAUUUUGUGUUUGUAAUAUUUAUCACAAAGUGUAGAUAGUGCAUUGAUUGAAAAUUAUGGCUGAUGUAAGGACUAGAGAAAAUCAAGAACCGUCAAAAAGUGAAUAUCGCUUGAGUAUAAUAUCAACAGGAUCCGCAAAAAUCCAAUGCACAAUAUGUUUGUCUGAAUUUGAAGAUAGAAGUGUGCUGUAUCCUUGUUUACAUGAAUACUGUUUCAAAUGCAUCUCAGAAUGGAGUAAGAUCGAAAGCACAUGUCCAUUAUGCAAAGCAGAUAUUGAUAAUAUUCGUCAUAAGUUUGAUGAAAAUGGAAAGAAUUAUGAAACUUGUGAUGUUGUACCUUGUUCUAGCUUGAGUUCUCCAUCGAGGACUUCAUCUGAAGGAGAUCCAGCAGCCUCGAACGAUCCACAAAACCAGCCUCUGAAUCAGUUCCUGAUUCCGAGUGCCGUCAUACAAUUGCUUCGGAACGAUUCCUCCACGAGAAUUCCUCUCAAUGAAUCUGCAGCUCGCAUAUUGCUGCAGGUUCAGCUCGAACAAAUCCAAAGACUGAACAGAAUGAACGAAUCAACAAGUGUUACGAUAAACGACACGGCUGCAACGGCCUCAGAUCGAACACCGGCGGCAGGAACGAAUAUUGCCGCAAAUAGCGCCAGCAGCAUUUAUAGACCAACUUUGCUGUCCGAUUCAAGUUAUUUUCCUCAGUUCAAGAAGAAGCAUUCGUAUAAUUUCCCAUACUAUGGAGCCUUUCUUUUGUUCAUUUGCAUUGUGGUUUAUUUCACAACUUAGAUAUAAGAUAUCAAAAGAUUCAAUGAGGUGUCCGAAGAAGUCUUACGAAUGGAUUUUACCAAUUUGACCAAAAAGGAGAUUUUAGUUAAAAAACUCACGUUAAAUUACAAAUAUCGAAAUUCAUUAUGUUCAUC